CAAAGGCGCAUGUGCAAAACUCCAUUUAUGUUAUGACUAUAUAUUGUAAAAUAAUAUGCAGUAUGAUUUUACAGUUUCAUCGUUCGCUCCUUACGAUUUUGUUAUGUCUAAUACUGGUGACAGCAAUAUGUCAAGGAAAUCGUAUAAAGAGAGGACUAGGCAGUGACGAUGAAGUGAGACUUGUUAAUGACUUGUUUGGAGAAAAAAGUGGAUAUAAUCCCUUGAUCAGACCAGUUGAAAACGUGAAUGAUACCCUAACAGUUGCAUUCAAUGUUGCAUUGAGCCAGUUGAUCAAUAUUGAUGAAAAGAAUCAGAUAAUGAAGACAAAUGUCUGGCUGCAGAUGUAUUGGCAUGACUACCAAAUCAGAUGGGACCCUUCACUUUAUGGUGGUAUUAAAAAUAUACGCAUUGAUCAUGAGAAGAUAUGGAGACCUGAUAUUGUCUUAUUUAACAAUGCUGAUGGAAAUUAUGAAGUAUCUUACAAAUCCAAUGUAGUGCUGAAUUAUAGUGGUGAUCACUACUGGGUACCUCCAGCAAUAUAUAAAAGUUCUUGUACAAUUGAUGUGCAAUAUUUUCCUUUUGACCAGCAAAUAUGUGAAAUGAAAUUUGGAUCAUGGACAUUUAAAGGAGACCAAUUACAAUUUAAGUUUUAUAUGAAUAUGGAUUUUGUUGAUCCAACUGACUACCUAAAAAGUGGAACCUGGGAUAUAAUUGAAUUUCCUGGCAAAAUUCAAAGAAUCAAUGAUACAGAAUCCAAUGAUUACAAAUAUCUUAUUGUUUUCAAAUUUAUUCUAAGAAGGAAAACAUUGUUUUAUACAGUGAAUUUGAUAAUACCAUGUGUUCUUAUAUCCUUUGUAAGUAUAUGUGUUUUUGCAUUACCAGCUGAUGCAGGAGAAAAGAUAACUCUUUGCAUUUCAAUUUUACUUGCAUUGGUUGUAUUUUUAUUGCUGAUUUCAAAAAUUCUACCUCCAUCAUUAAAGAUACCAUUAAUAGCAAAAUAUCUACUAUUUACCUUUAUAAUGAACAUAUUUGCUAUUUGUUUAACUGUAGUUGUGAUUAAUAGAAAUUAUAGAACUCCUAGAACACACAAAAUGCCUUACUGGGUGCGAUUUGUAUUUUUAUACAUGCUUCCAAAACUACUUUUUCUUGAACGUCCAAAUCAUGAUAUCAGAUGGCGUCACUUACAUGAACAGACUACAACUAAUCAAGCAAAUCAAGGGAAACAACAGCAAGUUCAUCAAACAAGCUAUUUUUCUCCAGAGCAUCAUCAAGUCUCAAGUAGUAGACAAUCCAGUUUGUUAGAGUUAACGGAGAUCCAUCAUCCAAGUUGCAGACUAAGUCCAAACCAAAUCAAUUGUGAAAUGAGUGAUGAGAAUGCUGAACAGUUCCCAAAGAGAGUUACAGCUGAAUUACAUAAAGCUACAGAAGCUUUAAGUUUUAUAACGUGCCAUCUGGAAACUGAGAAUGAAUUUGAAACAGUUUUAGAUGAUUGGCGGUAUGUAGCCUUGGUAAUAGACAGACUUUUGUUUUAUGUCUUCUUGAUUGUUACCAUUGGUGGAACUUUAGGAAUUUUAAUGCAAGCGCCACAUAUUUUAGAGUUUGUCGACCAAGAUGAAAUUAUUGAGAAUGUGAUACGAAAAAUCAACACAAUAAAAAAUUAAGAGUUUACUAGAACAUGAAAGUGUCUAUAACUGAAAUGAAGUUAAACAUACCAGGUAUAUACUAUUAAAGUUGAUGUGCAUUAGUGGAAAUUAUACAGAUGGAAGGGCACUUAUUGAAUCAGCGAUGAGUCAAACUUAAGUUAAUAUCAUUGUAUAAUUUUAUUUAUGUUUUUUUUUUUAAAUUGCAAUACUUUAUAUAUACAUAUGAUUAUUGUGGUAUAUUAACAUUGAUCUCAAUCCAAGCAGGUGGUGACAAAUUUUAUUCGAUGAAUCUUAAUUUCUUUUACCCUUGGUUUAAUAGCAGAAUUUGUAUUUGGUGUUCUUCCUUAUGUUCAAAUCACAACUUUAUUGUCAUUUAAAGUCAUAUGAUACUUUAAAUUAAAAAAAUGAAGUUUAAUAUAUUUAAUAAAUUUGAAUGGCUAAGUUUUACUUUAAAACACAUAUACAUGAACUUUCUUUUGACAGAAAAUCCUUUAUCUUAUCAAAAUCUUUAGAAAUGUGCUUCUAUUGAAUUAUUAUCUUUCGUACUCUAAUUCGCCAAUAGCUUUUUCAUAUGCAGUGACAACCACAAGACCUCUAGAUUGAACUUCGGCAACCACACAUUUCAAAUGUGAGGGGAAAUCUGUGAUUAAAAGAGAGGUUACAAAGCACUGUCUUCUUAGAUAAUUAUGACAGGUUACAAAGCACUGUCUUCUUGGAUAAUUAUGCUUUAGAAGUUAAAGUUUUGAACUGAUAAGAAUAAGAUAACAGCUAGGACUUAUACAUUACCUAUUAGUCCCAGAUAUCAAUAAUAGGCUGAAAGAAAGACAUUGAGAAAAAGAUUUCAAAAUUGUAUUUCGGUUCUUCAGAUUAGACCAAUCUGGCUACCGUAGCAGUCCCUCAGCAUACACCCAACCAGCACAGCUCUAAUCCUCAUUAGAACUUACUUUCAUUUUGGCCCCUAACAAGUUAAAAAGUAAGUGAUGAUAGCCCUGCUUGAAAGAUACGAAGUCAGGGGUCUCAGCUACUAGUGUUGGUAACUGGUUCAACAAACAUGUGCUGGAAGGUAAUUAGUGUUAAUUGAUUUUGAAAGAACCAAAUCAUGUAGCAACUGUUAUGACAAUGUUUAACAAAUAGAAGCAUGAAAAAUUAAAACAAAAGAUAGACAUUGCAUGUCUAUCAUCAUGCUCCAUGAUUCUGUGACUGUCUGUGUUGAUUAUUUAUAAAGGUCACGAUCGGUAAACUUCAGCAUUAAAACACGAAAGUUAAUUAGCAAGGAAAGUUUUUACUGAAUGAAGUAUUUUUUUUUUGUGUAUUAUAUGUUAUGGAUUUGUAAUAAUUGUAAUAACAUCGUGCAUAGAGGACUUAGUUUAGAAUAUAUUUGGAUUGGUUAUAUGAUUUUCUUAACAUUAUGAUUUGAAGAAACUCGUUUCAUAUGACUUCAAACUAAAUAAGUUUGUGACUUCCAUUUAAUGGUGUAACACCCCUUAUUUGUGCUUGUCUGAAAGAACAUACCAGAAAGUAGUACAUAUUUAAAACAAAAUAGUUAUUACGCAUGGCAUCUGUAUCUGUAUCUGUAUGGGUACGUAGUAGAAUCCCAAUGUGGCUUUAUUACAACGGGGAUGGAGAACGCAAUUCGUUCUGAGUGCGGCUAUAUAGUGCAGCUGUCUUCAAGGUUGUCCCAGUCGACAGCAGUUCUGAUGAAAAAUGAGUUUUUUAAUUGGUCGGUUGAUAAGUGCUGGAUCUUGACUGUUUUUGAAUUUAUUCGGGAUUGUCUUUCCACAAUGUUAGAUGGAAUACAGUCUUGGAAUAUUUUUGGUUUGAUUUGGCGUCUUCCUUGGUUUUGGAUAAUAUGAUCAGAAGGCUACAUCGCUGGUACCUGACCUUCAACCACCCUGUAGAAAAAUGGGUUUUUUUCGUCGGUCUUCUAGUGGUGCAUCCAUCAUCUCUUGGUUUAUAGUCUUUAUUGAUAAAACGCACUGCCAUUCUUUGUAACCUUUCUUGUUGGUCUAGUUGGUCUAUUUCUUUCUUUGUAUAUGGGUUCCAAAUGAUGGCUCCAUAUUCCAUAAUUGAUCUUACUAAAGAUUUGUAUGCGUUUUUCCUACAUUCUUUUGGGCAAUGUUGUAAAUUUCGUCUGAGAAAUCCUACAGUAGAACUUGCUUUUUUGCUGGUGUUUUCUAUAUGUGUUCUCCAUUUUAGGUUGUCUGAAAUUUGGAGUCCGAGGUAUGGGUUGGUGUUUACCUCUUCUAGUAUAUGUCCACUUAGUUGGUAGAAUUAACUUGAUGAUUUGUUCAUGGACAUAAUAUAUAGUUAUAAGAAGAUGUGGUAUGAGUGCCAAUGAGACAACUCUCCAUCCAAGUCAAAAUUUAUAAAAGUAAACCAUUAUAGAUCAAAGUACGGUCUUCAACACAGAGCCUUGGCUCACACGGAACAGCAAGCUAUAAAGGGCCCCAAAAAUUACUAGUGUCAAACCAUUCAAACGGGAAAACCAACGGUCUAAUCUAUAUAAAAAACGAGAAACACUUAUGAACCACAUCAACAAACGACAACUACUGAACAUCAGAUUCCUGACUAAGGACAGGUACAACAUAGUAUGUUUUUGCAUUAAAUUUCAUUUCCCAGUUUUUUGCCCAUACUCCAAGGUGUUUGAGGUCUUGUUGGAGGCUGAGGUGGUCUUUUUGGCUGCUGAUUUCCCUGUAUAGCAGUAUAGUAAGCAGUUGUCUGCAUCAGGGAGGUCAUUUAUGUGACAAAAAAUAGUUUGGGGCCCAGAACUGUGCCUUGAAGUACGCCAGAGUGUACUUUGACUCGUUUCGAACAUUUCACCCUCUAGGGCUACUCUCAUUUGCAAUUGUCUGUUAGGAACUUGGUCAUCCAUUGACGGAGGUUGUUUCUGAUGCCAUAUUCAUGAAGUUUGUGGAGAAUUGUUUUGUGCUGUAUUGUAUCAUGGUCGUAGCUUUCAAAAUAUAUAGAAUAUUUUGGGUUUUUUUUGUGUAUCAUAUGAAAACUGAAUGACUUGUGAUCAUUGUAGAACACUUUUUGACUUAUAAUUUUGAAUAAUAAAAAAUAGAAAUAAAAA